ACUAAAACCUGGCUAUUUUGUAAUAGAGUGUAAACAGAUGUUUAGUAGUAAUAAUAUCCAGUCCAUUAAAAAAUAAUUAUAAUGGACAAUCUUAAAUUGCAAAAUUCCAUUUGUAGUGCUAUAUCUGUACCAAGUGAAACGCAACUAAAUGCUACCAUAGAACAGUGUGAAGAAAAUAGAAACUUUUGGAGUAUAAAUAUAAAGUGUAAAGAUGUGAAGAAACAAUAUAUUGGAUUAAAAUUAGCAAUAUCUGGUAAAGUACAAGAUAAAUGGAUUCCAGAUUCAGCAGAUAAUUCUACCUUACCAUCCUUAUUUCAUUUCCAAUACACAAACGACGAAAAGUAUGUAGUGUUUGAAAGGAAGGUUUCAAAUAUAUCAAAACCAACUCUCAAAGACAAUCUGGAAGUAAUUCUGGAAUGUAUUGGGAAUUAUCAAGCUCGUUUAAUAUCCAGACAAAAAGAACCAGUCGAAAAAGCUGAUAGUGAGCUUAAAGAACUCUUGGAGAAUGUUUUGUCGUUAAAUUUAUUUGAAGACAUUGAUAAAGAAAGAGUUGAAAGUGCUAUAAAGUAUUUGGAAGGAGACGUGUCUCCGUUCUUAGAACCUGAAUUACUUGUUGGAAGUUUAGGAUGUCCAUUAAACCAAUCUAUGCUUAAGGUGCAGAACGCAAAUUUCGAUUCUUCUAUUCCGGAAUAUGUACCUCUUGUGUAUGAUGCCUUAAUGUACAUUUUUGUUUUAACCGAUGAAGUAUUUCGCAGGGAACAUUUUAAGGAUUUAAUGGAGGUAUAUUUUAAUUCCCUAUCUAACUCUCUUAAAAUCUUGGGUACGGAUGCUUUGUCUAAAAUAACGAGACAGUACAAAGAGACUACUUUGAGAUUUUUACUUCCAAUAGUAAAGUUUCGCCUAUUAAUCGAAUUCAAAUUACCAGAAGAUGUCCGAGUAAAUAUUUUAAGAUUUCUUAAAUAUCCAUUAUUAAACCAAGAAGAUGUCUAUGAGAUAAUUGCAAACAACACCAAAUCAAAAGACUACGAACUAAUAAGCUACUCUAUGAAGAGUUUGGAUGAGAGAAACGGACAUCUAGGAGAAUAUUAUCAUUUAAAUGUUUCGAUUAACCGUUUCGGAGAAGAGGAACAUUUCCAUUUUUUUGCAAAAGUGAUUAUACCACCAGCUGAACAGUUGAAUAACCUGGUAAAAAGUGGUUUGGCACAGAAGGAGGACUUUUUCUAUGGUACUUUAUUACCUUUGUAUCAAGAAUACGGGUUAGAAAAGUUAGCGGAUUUUUCACCAAAAUGUUAUUUGAGUAAAAGUAACUGGUUAUUAGUGCUCACUGACUUACUGAAAGAUGAAUUCGUUGCAUAUAAGCCCAACGCCAAUUUAGAUUAUCCUGAUGUAAAGGCUGUGAUGUCGGAAUAUGCUAAGUUUAUUGCAGCUACAUUAAUUUUGGAAGAAAAACUAUCUAUCAAAGAAGGAAAGCCUGUUCGAAUGGAUGAGCUUUAUCCAGGAAUGUUUGUAGAAAUGAUCAUGGUGUACAUCGAUAACGAAUCGGUGAAGAAAUCCAUUCAACAAAGUAAAAGUGCUUUGCAUUAUAUAAUAGAGUUAUGCCCUCAUAUAACUGAAACAUCUGGAUUAACUCAAGAAGAAAUUUUCGCUGGAACCGACAAAAUAUUUAUGUCUCUUUAUAAAAAGAUAUCCAAUCAUCCAGAAUCGUUUCGAUGUACCCUAACUCAUGGAGAUAUGUAUAUAGGAAAUGCACUUUUGAAUCAUAACAAUGAAAGAAACACGCCUAGAGCAGUUCUCGUUGAUUUUCAACUUAUGCGUUAUAUGCCUCCGGUUUACGAUUUAUUAUUUUUCACGUUUUUAUGCAUGCCAAGAAAUACAAGACUGCAAUACUUGCCCCAGCUUAUCGAUGAGUUUUAUCAAGAUAUCGCAAAAUAUAUUCAAGAUUUUGGGUAUGACGUUGAAAAGAUUUUUCCACGGGAUUCUUUUGAUGAGAGUAUAAAGUAUUACCGGUCUGCAGCCUUAUCAGCAGCUCUAAGUUACGCAUUUAUGAUUAAAAUUAAUCCAAAGACAAGAGAAAGCAUAUUUCAAGAUAAAGAGAAAAUGGAAUAUUACUUUGGUGUUAAUAAGAGAGCUUUUGUAGAUUUAGGAUGGGAGGAUGAUAUUUAUAAAGAGACCAUGACAGGUUUUGUUAGCGAUAUAAUAGAUUUAAUCAAAAAGGAGGAUCUGUAGUAAGAAUUUGAAUAAUGUAUUUUAUUUAUGUAUUCAAAUUUUAUAAUGAUAAUAACUUAUUGUAAAAUAAACAUAUGCUAUUUAUUGUG